GAGGAAACCGCGGUAAAACCCUCCUCUGAUUUCUCCCUCAACAACUAAACCUGUAAGUGAGGCAGCCACAUUCAACUUGUCCUUCAAGUGGGCAAUACAAACCUCGACCGGCUCCUUUGUCGGCCUCAUAGAUAAAUAACUCACUCUGCAACACAGUCUUCAGACAGAGCUUCAUCAUGGUGUCUAGUGGAAGACAGAUUUUCGGAUUUAUCCUGGCUAUCAUCGGCUUUUUGGGGAGCAUCGUCAUCUGCGCUCUUCCCACCUGGAAAGUCACAGCCUUCAUCGGUGCCAACAUCGUCACUGCUCAGGUGAUCUGGGAGGGUUUGUGGAUGAACUGUGUGACCCAGAGCACGGGCCAGAUGCAGUGCAAGAUCUAUGACUCCAUGCUGGCUUUGCCUCAAGACCUCCAGGCUUCCAGGGCACUCGUCAUCAUCGCUAUCAUCGCAGGCUUCUUUGGGCUCAUUCUCGGCUUGGCAGGGGGCAAGUGCACCAACUUUAUAGAUGACAAAACGGAAAAGAGCAAAGUGGCCAUCGCUUCAGGAAUCAUCUUUAUCAUCGCAGGGGUCAUGGUGCUGAUCCCCAUCUGCUGGACUGCCAACACCAUCAUUCGUGAUUUCUACAACCCCGUCAUGUCCAACGCUCAGAGGAGGGAGCUGGGGGCCUCGCUGUACCUCGGCUGGGCCUCCGCAGGGCUGCUGAUCCUGGGCGGGGGGCUCCUCUGCAGCUCCUGUCCCCCCAGAGUUGAGAAGGAAUACGAUGUGAAGUACGCCAAGACUCGCUCUGAGCACAGCAGCAAGGCCUACGUUUAGAUCUACAGCAGAAAGCAGAAUUGGGACAAUCUGUUUUAAAGAAAUAGGAGUUUAUAUACGUUUCCCUUUCUGUUUGACCCAUGAAGUUAAGUCAGCCAUCUUGAAUAACAAUGCUCAUAAUGUGUUCCAGUAAAUAUGAUGAGUGUGUGGCCUUAGCAUGGGUUUUUGUCUUUGGACGCAAGUUUAGAAUAUUUGCAGUUUUGUAUUUCACUAUAUGUGAAUACACACCAGUAUUGACACAAUUUUAUACUAUUCAUUUGUCAAAUACUCUCACAUGUGCUCCAUGAUGUGUGAGAUUUAAAAUAUGCCUGCUAUGUAUUAAAUAUUUUCUGUCUAAGACAGAUGUUUUUAACCCCUCUAUCAAACUAGACGAUUGCUGAUUAUGUGACUGAUUCACAAUAUCUGUUUAAGUUAUAAUUGUCUUCAGAUUUUAUCUCUGUAUUAAUGUAUACCGUUAAAAUGUAAGUCAUUUAUAAGACGCAUGAGGUUGAGAAGUGAGCAUGUGAGAGGGUGUUGUUUUUUCAGUUAUGUUGCUAAAUAAAAAGAGACUGAGCCAUAACUGUGUGUGUGUCUGUUUGUAGUAUUAUUUAUUUGUAUUAUCUUGUUGGAGUGAUCCUCUUUGUAAACAUUUGCAUGAUGGAGAGGAAAUAAUAUUACGAAAAAAGGUACAUUUAGUUUGUAAUUACUUUGUUUGUGGAAAUAUUAAUUGACACAAAAAAGAUAUCCCAUAACUUUAUUUUGAGCCUCAUUAGAAGAUGUUCCAUCACAUAGAGACAAGAACACUGAAUGUUAGUAGUCAAAAAGGAGAUUUUUGCUGUUAUAGGAUGUUUGUUUCAACAUCAAUAGGAUGUAUAUGAGUUGAGUAGAUUUUUUUACUUUAGUGUAAUUAAAAUAUU